AAUUUUGCAAUCGUAACCUGAGUUGCAUACAAAAUAAACACACGAUAAGAUGUUUAUUCUAUACAUUUACUAAAACUUAUUUCCUUAUAACAUUAUAGAAUAUUUUAUCAAUGCUUAUAACAGAAAAACAAAUAAUUUUUUUAAUGAACAAAACAGUGUUGUCAUUUUACCGGAAGUAAUAGAACAUUAAGAGGGAAAAUGAUAUACUUUUGACGAAAGUUCAUAAUAAUAUCAAUAUGUGUGUAAAGAAUUAAAAUUAUUAUGCAAAAUAUUCAUACAAAUUUAUCGAAAUUUCAUACGAUAAAAAAGAAUGCUUCAUUACGAUAGUGCAAUUGAAUAAAUGUUUGAUAACAAAUUAAUAUUCUUAAAUGAUUACGCGAAAAAUGAAACCGCCAUUUUAAAGCGUUCAAACACCGUGGCGGCAUUACAUUUGACGUGUCAUUAGUAAAUAUAUUUUUUAGGAUUAAAUAAAAAGAUUUAAACAUAUAGAUCAUUUCAAAAAAAAAUUAAAUUUAUUCUUAUGUCAUUUUUGAAAUAAAUUUAUAUAAAAUUUUAUUGAGAAAUUUAUCUUUCAAUGAACCUGCCAGAUUGAGUAUAGUUAUCUACAAAAGUAUGUACGUCAGACCAGCCAUAAUUUCUACUUACAUAUAUUAAAUGAUAAGAUCGCACAAGGCGCUUCUCAAGAAACAUUUUCCUUAUAAAAAACUGAUACGAUUUUGUAAAUACAACAUCUUUCUAGGAUUAAUGAUUAUAAAGUUAUGAAUUUUCAAAGAUCAUUUAUUCAGAACAUCCUUUCAAGUAUGUUGGUGGUUACUGUACCGCUAAAGCGAGGAAGAAACCGAGUGGUCGCUUCGACAGUCGCGGCCUAUUAAAAUAUCGCACUGAUUGGAUGCAAUUACACGUGAAUGUAUCAAUUUUUAGAUAUGAUAAAUACAUAUUUGUUACAUAAACUAGUUGCAUAUGUAAGCAAAUACAGAUCACUUCAAAUCAUUAUAUACUUCGAUAUAUAAAAUUCUUUGUUUCAUAGACAGAAUAUCAUAAUUGUUAUAGAUAAAGAUAAUGAAAUUCAUAAUAUAGAUGAUAGGAAAGAUAUAAAAUAAUAUAAAUCUUUAAUAAUAAAAGCAACGUCGUGUUCUAUGUAGUUUCAUUCAAUGAAAAUAGAAUCAUAACUGAUAUUUACUGAACUAUUAAUUUUUUUUUAACAUAUCUCUAGAAUGUAUACUGAUUGUCAUAUGAUGCGACUAUAUGCCCGACGCUAUGAAUCCAGAAGUGGUCGCUUUGUACAGUCCAUUUCGAUAAAACAGCUCGAAGGAUCAUGAAAAAUUAUAUUUCAAUCUAUUAAAUUAUACUCGUUAUUGAAUAUGAAACGGUAUAAGAAAUUUAUAAAAAAAAAAAAAUUUUUAAAUAUAAUAUAUAUAAUAUUCUUUCAAAAUAUCGAAAAAGCUUAUUAUAUUAUUGAAAAUAUAUUAUCUGGAAGUAAUAGUACUAGGUAUGUGAGUCGACUGUACCAUAGACGCCACCGGCAGCCACGAGCGGUCGCUUAGUACAAUCACUACCAAAAAAUAUUUGUGAACGCAUUGGCGAAACAUCAAAAUAGGGUCAUCCGAUCGCAAAAUUAUGAGUAGGGCGUCAUGAGAAACUUGUAGAUCAUAAAAAACUAACACGAUUUGGUGUAUAUAGUAUUCAUUUUUAACGUAUCCCUGCCAAGUUAUCCGUAUUUAAAGUCUCAUAAAGUUAACGUAUUUUCGACUCACUGUAUAGAGUGACUGUACCAACGGACGCUACGGGAGUCCGCAGCCGGCAUAGGUUCAGUUGGCAGCAGUACGCACAGCGAGAAAGACGACCAUGGCUGAUAUUUCGAACGAAGAACUUCGUAAAGAAAUCACCGCUAUCCUUAAGGAUGCAGAUCUUACUACUAUGUCAGCUAAGAAAGUAAGGCUACAAAUUGAAGGAAAACUUGAUAUAGACCUUACUGAAAGGAAAAAGGAAGUAGACAAUUUAGUCAUGGAGUGUUUACAAGAAAAACAAGAUGGAGCAAAGAAAAAGAAGAAGACUGCUAGUGAAGAAUCUGAAGAUGGUGAAGAAGAGGAAGAAGAAGGAUCAGAAGAAGAAGAAGAGGAAGAAGAAAAAAAGCCAGCCAAAAGGAGUCCUGCAAAGAAACAAAUUAAUAAACGUAAGAAAGGAUCUUCUGAUGAUGAAGAAAGUGCAAGUGAUGAUGAUGCUAGUGAUGAAGAAUAUAAUCCAAAGAAACCAAAGGCAACACCUAAAAAAAAUAAGCCUGGCAAAAAGGGAAAAAAGAAAGGUAGUGACAGCGACAGUGAUGAAGAUUGGGGUAAAGUUAAGAAAGCUCAAGGUGGAGGAGCAAAGAAAGGUGGUGGAGGUAAAGCUAAAGGUGGAUAUACUCGUGCUAUCACAUUAUCUCCGGAACUUGCUGCUGUUGUUGGUGCUGAACAAAUGGCUCGACAUGAAGUUGUGAAAAAGAUUUGGAGUAUCAUUAAAGAAAGGAAUCUUUAUGAUCCUAAAAAUAAGCAAUACGCACUCUGCGAUGAUGAAUUAUUGAAAGUAAUUGGAGUAAAACGUUUUAGAACUUUUGGUAUGAUGAAGUACCUCAAAAAUCACUUUGUAGAUUAAAUCAUCCUCGAACCACGAAUUCUAACAGGUUAUAAACAUUGUAUAACGUAUUCCAAGAUGCAAAGUGCAUCUUUCCAUCUUUCUCACACGAUACAUAAAUAUACAUACAUACAAACACAAACAUAUUUCUUGCGACUUAAGACUUUAGCCAUGUUUACAUCAUUCCGAUAAACUCUGUUGUCCAUGGUAGCUGCUUUGUCUUAUUGAAUAUAAUCUUAUAUUCGCGAUGUAGCAUCUUAAUUUAUGGGCAUUAUUAAAAGCGCGGCUCGUUAACAUUGUUAAAAGCUGCCCAAAAUGUGUAUGCAAAUGAUGACCCACAAGUAGGAAUCUAUGUAGAUUUGAUCAAUGUCACGAUGAUAUAAAAAGGAAGGGUUGAUACCAUGGACGUGCGGAUGAUUUCGAAAUGUGGAAAACAUUAAAAUGGCCAAUAGUCAAUAAGCUGGUUUUAAGUCAAUGUAUUCAAAGUUAAUGUUUUAUCGUUUGCCUGGUGGUUCUUGUAAACAAUCCUUUUUCACCAAGCAUGAAAAUACGGUGUGCCAUUGUGGCAGUAAAAAGUGAAGCAGUAAAAACUGUUUUAAAUUUUUUUAAAAUAAAUUUUGUUUUUUUUUUUUAUUUUAUUACGUGACAGUUAAAAAUUGAAGUAGAUUAAAUACUUAGAUUAAAUAAAAAAAAUAUUAAUAAUGAUAGCUGAUUGCGGUAAUGCUUAAUUUUUUUUUCUAAUUUUUUUUUUUUUUCUUUUUUUUUUUCUAAAUCACUAAUUGCCGCCCAAAAAUCACACAAUAUUUUCAUCUUUUUAUUUUAAUAUUGGUUACUUUCUGAAAAUGGAUGUAACAAAGGGACAAUUUUUCAAACAAAGGAGAGAAAGAGAGAAUGGGAAAAGAUAUGUGGUAAGUUAAAAAAAAAGUAUGAUAAGAAUUAAGAGAACGACGAUGCGAAAAAUCAACAUCCUGUACCUCUUCUGUAUAAUUGUUACAUUAUACACUGAAAUUAUUAUUAAGCGAAAUUUAAUUGUAUUAUCGUGUAAUUACUAAUUAUUGUCGUAAUAUAGGUUUCUUGGUGUAAAAAAUUGACCUAACUCUUAAGAUUUAAUGGUAAAGUGAUGUAUUCAGUAAAAGUAUGAUGCAUGCAUAUUAAAGAUCACAGUAUGCGCAGCAUUGCGCAAUGUUGAAUUGUAGAAAGUAAGAUAGAUUGAUGAUGCGAGAUGCGGAAUCUAUUGUGGAUAUACACAUCUCGUUGUAUGGAAAAAUUUGUGUAUUUUGAAUAUAAAUUAAUGAAUGCUGGCCUAAAUUAAUGGAAGCCACGAAGAAAUCAUUGCAAACAUUUGACGAUAAUGAAAAUAUUACGCGUGUUACGAAGUAAAUUAUAAUAAUACCAGUUUGUUUUCUAAAUGAAAAAAAAAGUACAGGUUAUGCCAAGAUAUUUCGUGAAUGUAUUUGAAAACAUCAUUAAAAAGAUAUUGCUUUCAUUUUUUUUUAA